AUGUCGAUGUGCCUUCCGUGCUCCCCUGCUCGUUGCUUCGAUCUGCUGUGGCACCAGAACGGCCGGCCAAGCCAAGAGCACAAGAACCAGGCGAGCAAUGAGCGGACAGUGGUGCACGCAGAGGCUUUAGAGUGGCUGGCAGCCCAGAAAGAAGAUGGAGGCUUUCCAGAGAAGUCCUGCGUAGUGACUUCCCUGCCAGAUUGGUCAGAGCUGAAGAAAGGUCAGAAGAUGCCUUUGACGCAAUACCUGCAAUGGUUCCAGAAGGCGCUGAGUUUGAUUUUCUCUUGUUGCCGUGAGAACACCUUGGUGAUUUUUCUGCAGACUGAUAUCAUGAGUGGCGGCCAGUGGAUUGACAAAGCAGCCUUGAUUUGCAAGGAGGCAGAGGCAGCAAAGGCCACACUCUUAUGGCACAAGAUCACCUUUGAUCCUGAAGUGGUGAACCUUCCACGCUGUGGACUAAGUGCUGACUACUCUCAUUUGCUGUGUUUCAUCACUUCCACGGAGCCCGGUCGCUCGGUGUACCGACGCUGCGACGUGCCGGACUUGAUGUGUCGGGGACGGAAGGUCUAUGCACAGGGCAUGGGUAUUGAGGCGAUGGCCAGGGUACUUCAAUGGGUUCAGCUCUCCACGGAAGUUCGCCUGGUCAUUGACCCCUUCUGCGGGCGUGGCACCGUCCUGGCGCUCGCCAAUGACCUGGGAUUGCCCGCGCUGGGCGUGGACGUCGAUGUCGCUUGUGCGCGGGCGGCGGAACGCUUGGACUUGGAGAAGCUGAGUCGGUCUGAGACGGUGCAGCCGGUGACCUUCUACCUGAAGAGGGCAGCUGAGGGAAGAGGUGACCAUUUGCUGGAGAACGACGCCUGGCGGGCAGACCUCUCCAGGCUCUGGAAACACAAGUACUAUGGCAUGGAGAAUGACCUAACCGAUGAUGGCGAGGAUGGCCUCGACGGUCAUGACAUCGACGAAUGUCAGUCCAGUCACGCACGUCGUGCCAGCCACUGCAUUCGAGACAGUGACGACAGCGACGACAGCGACGACAGUGACGACAGUGACGACAGUGGAGUGAGCCACAUCAGCGACAGCAUGGACGUGACUGAACCUGAUGAGCCCUCCAUUGGAUUGGAGGAGGGCCAGAAGGACCAAGAGGACGUUCCACUUUUGCCGCCUUUGCCCUUGCAGAGCGAGAUCGCAGAGAUUGCGACCGCAGAAUCGCUUGAUGCCACCCAAGAGUAUGUCGUGGAAACCCAAGAGGAGCGGAGCCGGAGCAGGAGCCGAGAUUCAGAGCUCCGGAGACCUCCCGCGCGUUUGCAGCACUUGGAGCGUUUGGAGCCAGGAGCACCGACAAGGUCUUGUUCCUCCUCGUCCUCCUUCAUGACCUCGGUCUUGAAGAGCAAUGACAUGAAGACGAGCAAUUCAGGUCAAGAGGAGAAGUCGGAGGUCAACCUGGAAGAGCAACUUACUCAACACCAUGACCGCUGCUGGGGCAAAGUGAUCAAGAAGACUAUUCUUGGACCCCGACAAUGCAUGGCCAAAGCUCAGCAAAACAAGUUUCUAUGCAGAAAACAUGAAAACAGCUUGGACACCACCCCGUGGUUCGGCCAGGUCGUGCGCUUCGGCUGGGGACUGGUACGGCCGGACUUCCAACAGCACCAAAUCUGCGUGGAGAUGAACCCGGACAGUGCUGAAGCCCAAGAGCACCCAGAUGCCAAGGCCGGCGAAGGACGCCUUCCCCCACCGGUGGCCUUUCCACUCCGCCUGUAUGGCCGCAGGGGAGCAGUGGAUCGGGCCAGCCGCUACUUGCGAGGAGAGUCUUACAGUGCAGUGAGAUGA